GCCUACACGGACUUCCAUACAUGGGCAUUGUUAAUCACCUGACCGGUGGAGGAUCAUGUGACUGAAGUGUUGCAACAUCUCGUCGGACAAAUAGCGUACUUUAACAGUAAACCGACAAAAUGAGGCUGGUCAUUCUGGACGACUAUGAGUUGGCCAGUGAGUGGGCAGCAAAAUACAUCCGCAACAGAAUCAUCCAGUUCAAGCCCUCUGCUGACAGAUACUUCACUCUGGGGCUUCCAACAGGGAGUACUCCAUAUGGCUGUUACCAGAAGUUAAUUGAAUACUACAAAAAUGGAGAUAUUUCAUUCAAGUAUGUGAAAACCUUCAACAUGGAUGAAUAUGUAGGUCUACCUCGAGCGCACCCAGAGAGCUACCACUCCUACAUGUGGAACAAUUUCUUCAAGCAGAUUGACAUUGAUCCAGCCAACGCUCACAUCCUGGAUGGAAAUGCAGAGGACCUGGAAGCAGAGUGUCAAGCCUACGAGCAGAAGAUCUCAGAGGCUGGAGGGAUCCAGUUGUUCGUAGGAGGUAUCGGCCCUGAUGGUCACAUAGCGUUCAAUGAGCCAGGUUCCAGCCUUGUUUCCAGGACUAGAGUGAAGACCCUGGCUAAGGACACCAUUGUAGCCAAUGCUCGAUUCUUUGGCAACGACCUCUCCAAGGUUCCUACCAUGGCUCUGACUGUGGGAGUAGGAACUGUCAUGGAUGCCAAAGAGGUGAUGAUCCUGAUCACUGGAGCACACAAAGCCUUUGCUCUGUAUAAAGCCAUAGAGGAGGGAGUGAACCACAUGUGGACAGUAUCAGCCUUCCAGCAGCACCCACGCACCAUCUUUGUCUGCGACGAGGAUGCUACCCUGGAGCUACGUGUCAAAACUGUCAAAUACUUUAAAGGUUUAAUGCACGUUCAUAAUAAACUGGUGGACCCAGUGCUCAGCAUCAAGGACCAGUAACACAGAGAAGACCACCAAGGACCACAGACUUCGACAUGAUUCCUGAUCCUCAGUCCCUGGUUUGAAAAAGGCCUUACUACUCUGGUUUUGAGGAACUGUUUGUCAUGGCCACAGACUGCCUGUUGGCAUUGUGGCAUCAGACUGUUACAGUUAAUUAAUGAGAGAUAAAUGAGCAGGCAUCUUGCAUUUUAGAUGUAAUCAUGAAACAGCUGCACUCAUCAGUUGCACUGUGGAGGUUGAGGGUCUUUGUUUAGCUCUUUAAAGGGAUAGUACCUGUUUACUUUUUGUAAUCACUGCUGGAGGUCUCGGUCGGCCCUCUUCAUUUUUUUUCAGUAUGAGAACUUUGAAGGCUAGAUUUAAAGUCAUGAUGGUAAACAUAAAGCCUUCAUGGUUUGUUCAGAGUGAAGACUGAAGCCAAAGUGACUUUUCUGUGAGUGAAACAAUACAAUAUAUACUUAAUUACUUUUCUUUAUGUUAGCUUUGUUCAUUCACCAGUGAUUCAGUGAUUGGCCAGAAGAAACAAAUACUACAUGUAUGUGUAAUAACUUUCAAAUGAAAUGUGUAAAUGUGAAACUUUCCUUAAUACAAUCAAAUGAUGUUGAAAGUCAACUUUGACUUCCACUCUGUUGCCUUUGUACAGUUUUUGCAUUUUUGUGUCCCUGGAAUGUGAAGUCUCAGCAGCCUCUUGCUUCUGCUGGCACACUUCCAGCCUUCAUCUUCCACUGCUGGACACAAAACCACAUCCAAACCACUGAGCCUUCACUGAAUUUAACUUGAAUUUUCAAAACAACAACCCGUUUUAUGUGAGACACACCAGUCUCAACUCCAGGUCUUAUUAGCUUUGUCAAAGCUUUCAUUGACAAAUGGAGUUUGCUAAGUUGUCAUCAUGUGAAUGAAGUUCAAUACUUGGUAACAUGAUAACAGGUGGUUGUAGCUGCUGGUGUUUGCAGUGUUCAUCCAGUCCCUGAAGACUGUGAGAUGUGGUUGAAAGCUGGGAACAAGCUGGUCAGUGAACCUUGAGUUGAGAUUAUUUUGUCACAUCCUGAAGUCAAGAAUGAUCUUCAAUGCUAAAACAGCCCAUUUAGUUUAGUUUUGGACUGUUGCAUCAAGUCAAUUCAAAGCAGCUGAGCUUUACAAAAUAAAACAUACUAAACAUAUUUGUUUUGAUUUUAUUUUAAAUGGGAUUCAAUGACAGUUGCUGCUGUUUCUGCGUCACUGCAGCAGAUGCCUAUCCCACCUCCACAUUCCUGUUCUGUGGAAAUUGAAGGGUUAACUAUUGUCAGUGUAAAGACGACCUUGAUAACUAAAUUUACAGUGACUGCAGCACCUGGAUUCAUGAUGCAUCUAUUCAGCAUUUCACUUGUAUAAUCAGUUUCAUUUUGCAGCUGUUAAAUAUCUCCAGUGUAAAGAUCAGAUUAAUUUCCAUAUUUUGUGUUCGGUUACAACAUUCCUCCUGAUUACAGUUGUAACUGUAACAGGCUGUUACAGUUACAACUUCUAGUCAGUGGUUUUGCACAUGUACUGUAGUUUCUAACUCUUUAUUUUCUAAUGACAAUAAAAACUUUGCUAAGAA